UUGUAACAGCUGUCCUCCUGUUCUGAAAGAAUGGCAAGAAUAUUCGAACAAGUAUGUUAAAUUAGCUCUCUGCCUUUCCAGAUUAUACUUUACUAGUGGGGCAUAAAAUAAAGCACUAUUUUAACGCACCCAUUAGGACAUUGAAUAUUCUGGCAAAAUGAACGUGUUGCUGCUUAAAGAGCCGCGAGACGGAAAUUCCGGUCCUGAUCCUUAUGUUAAGGAGCUGACAUCAUAUGGACUCAAACCUACAUUGAUUCCGGUUUUGUCUUUUAAAUUUGUGUCCUUGAAUGCAUUGUCAGACAGGCUUUUUCAGCCAGAAAAACAUGGAGGGCUUAUUUUUACCAGUCCGAGAGCAGUGGAGGCUGUCAGAAUGUGUCUGGAAGGGAAUAACAGGGAAGUGUGGAUCAGCACUACAAAGGACAAAUGGAAUGAAAAAUCCAUCUAUGUUGUGGGGAAGGCUACAGCAGCCUUGGUGGAAGAGCUGGGUCUGAUUCCACAGGGAGAGGAAACUGGAAAUGCUGAUGUGCUUUCACGCUUUAUCCUUGAAAAGGAAGACACCAGCACUUUGCCGUUCUUCUUUCCUUGUGGAUCAAUUAAAAGGGAAGUGCUUCCUACAGCACUGAGAGAAAAUGGAGUGCCACUGGAAACUUUGACAGUCUAUCAAACAACUGAGCAUCCAAACCUUGAGAAGAAUCUGAUGGACUAUUUCUCCAAGCAGGGUGUGCCAGCGAGUAUUGCCUUCUUCAGCCCGUCUGGAGUAAAGUUUUGCUUGGAUGUUGUGAGGAGGCUGGCAGGAGAGAAGUUGAAUGAGAUAAAGUUUGCAGCCAUAGGACCUACUACAGCAGAUGCCAUGGUGGCUCAGGGACUUUGUGUGAGCUGCUCGGCAGAGAAGCCCACGGCCCAGGACCUGUCCGGUGUGAUUGCACAAGCUCUGCAGUGACUGUGCUGUCUGUCUCCUGGACCUGCGUCUUUGACACCCCAAAGCCACUCUACCGUCCCUGCUGUGGGUCAUGCUGCCAUCCAGUUAAUCUUAUUCACCUGUGACUCAUUGUAACUGAUUACUGCUGAAUUGCCUCAUCAAUGGAUUUUCCUCUUGAUUUUGUAUGUUUUAUUCAUAGAUUUUAUUAUCUUCAGUGUGUCAAAAAUGUUGUAUUUCUCCGUCCUAAUAGCAUAUUCGAAAUGCUAGAUUUAUGGAUACUUCACACACUGGAUGUAGUGAAUGAGACAUACUUCAAAACUAUCUUUCUGCUUUCUUUUGUCAUUUAAAUAUUUUAUUUGAAAUGCAUGUCAUUAUAUAAUACAUAUUUUUGUAAAGCCUACAUCAGAUGUAGGUGUCAGUUGGAUCUAUGUGGAAAGGGACAUAACUUUAAGCCUUUGACUAUUUAUGUUUGUACUCUGCAAGUUUUAUGUAAUAAAUAGCAAAUAGAGGUUUUUUUUUUGUUCAUCCAGUUCGUAAAUUAUUCCACUUUGUGAUCACCACUUGGGAGAAAUACCAGUUGUAAAACAAACUAUACCUUACAAUGUUAGUCUCAAAAAAGGAAACAUUGGAUUUAUUUGAUUACAGUGUGUGUAUGCAAUAUUAUUAAGUAUAUGUAACUCCACUUGUACAAGUACUUAAUAAACUGAAGUCCCAUAUACUUGAUAAUACUGUGUGCAACCACAGUCCAUACAUGUAUUACGUAAUAAUCUGUGUAUACAUGCACCAACUUUGUGAAAUAAGACACCUAAAAUGUACAGUACAUUAUUUAUCUGGAGGCAUUGAGCACUAUUUAGGAAUGUAUUACAAAAUACACAUAUUAGUCUCAGUGGAGUGUAUCUGAAAAAAUAUAUUUGGCAAAAAAUGUUGUGUAAUGUGUAAUAUUGUGUAAUGUAUUUGUGUAUUUUUCAAAAUAUAGCAAUACAUUUUCAUUGUGUAA